CUGCGCGGUCUGAGAGCCCGCUGGGGAGGGGCCCCGAGCCGCGCAGGUAACCCGGGCUGCCGCCCUCAAUUGGAAUGUGCCCGGGGCGCGGGGGGCACUUCCUGGCGGGAUGAAGGGGCUCCCUGCUGGCCUCCUUCCCGUUCUCGUCGCCUUCCUGGGGCUCUUCUGGACGCGCCGGGCAUUCGGAGCAUCUUUUUUUGGUGAAAGCUUUGUGGAACUGAGCAUGAUAGAAGCUUCUCCGGACUUAUCCCUUCACUUAAAAUUUCAGACCAGCAAACCGCAUGGAUUACUCUUUCUAGCAGCUGGAAAAGAUGAUUAUUGUGCAGUGGAACUCGUUUCAGGAAAUCUACGGGUGAGAGUGAAUUUGGGUGCAGGUGAAUUAGUGCUACAUUCUCAACAAAAAUCACGCCUGGAUGACUUGGUGUGGCAUGUGGUUGAAUUGCAUCAUGCCAGGGAUACUGUCACUCUGGUUAUUGACAAAUUCUAUAGGACUAGUGGUAUGAUAUCAGGGAGAAAACAGGGAUUGAAUAUUCAGCAAGGAAUAUAUGUUGGAGGGAGUGGUGGUCUUGAUGUUCCUUAUUUGGAAAGAGGACACUCUAAUUUCCGAGGAUGUAUGGAAGAUGUGAUAUUUAACCAGCGUGAGAUUCUGAACUCCCUCAGGUCUUACCCUGGAUUUAAGAAAGUUCAUGAGGUAUCAUUGGGAUGUAGUGAUGAAUUCUUUGCAGGCGAAGAGGAAGCUGUCAAUUUCUUUAGCUCCAAAUCGUAUGUCGCUUUCCCAGGGUGGAACGCCCAGGGAGAAGGAUUCUGGGAAUUCACUUUUCAGACUGCAACUGACCAGGGUUUGCUUCUCUAUCAGUCUGGAAGAUCAGGGGACUUUGUAGCUUUGGAAAUAGAAGCUGGACUCAUUAAGGCACAUUGUGGAAGGAAUCAAACUAAAACUGAGCUUCCCUCCCUUAGCUUAAUUAGCGACAAUGAGUGGCACUUCGUUCGACUCCAGUUCACCAGGAGGUAUUUCAGCUUAUUGGUCGAUGAGGAAAGAGUCAGAACAUCCCUGCCUCUACAUAACAGGGCAUUUGAAUGUAAAGGUCCUCUCUUUGUGGGAGGUGUUGAUAACCACGCCCGGGCAGAAAUAAAGAAGUUAGAAUUUACCUCUGUUUCUCGGAAGUCUGCCAGAGGUGGAUCCUUCAAAGGCUGCUUAAGAGGCCUGAAGGUUAAUUUGGAAAAACUAUCACUGAAGAAUGUCCUUGUUUCCAAAGAUAUUUCGGCUGGAUGUAAUACUAAAAGCAGCGAUGGUUCAAGUAUUCCUGUAGCAACGACUGAACAAAUGACACUUUGGACAAGAGCUCCCUCUUCUAGCAUUCUUCCUGAAAGCUUCAAAUUUUCCCUUCAAGAGGAUGGGAGUCAUUUCUUGGCUUUGAAUAACUUAGUAGUUCAGGAAGGUGGACAAGCUCCAGUUGAAAGUAAACAUAUUAGGAUGAAUUUGGAAUUUAAGGAAUUAGGGAUCCAUCAUUCCCAAGUCCUAUUUCAGAUUAAGGAAAAACCUCUUCAUGGAAACUUGCGGUUAGAUGUUGCACCUGAAUCCCAAAUGGAGGCAACUUUUACGAUGUUCGAUUUGUGGCAAGAAAAGGUUUUAUACAUUCAUGAUGGCUCUGAAAGCACCAGAGAUCACUUUGUAUUCUCUGUCUCUGUCAGCAGAGCGAAGGAAAUUCCUUUCUAUCUGCAAGGAAAUGAUCAGUAUGUGUUUAACAUUACUAUUAUUCCAGUAAAUGACCCCCCAGAGCUUUCCCUCCCAGAAGGAAAUUUGUUUCUUCUGUUAGAGAAUUCCAAGAAGCGACUAACACCUAACAUGAUAGAGGUAUCAGAUUCAGAUACCAAUCCAUUAGAACUGACUUUUUCAGUACUUGGAAACUUCAAUGCAGAUACUGGAUAUUUAGAAAACUCUAAGCAUCCUGGAAGAAUAAUUAAUACAUUUACGAAUGAAGAUUUACAACAUGGAAGAAUUUUCUAUGUGCACCAUGGGCUCCAGAAUUCCCGUAUUGUUCUGCGAGUAAGUGAUGGAGAGUUGGUUAGUAAUACAGCUGUAUUACGAGUCAAGACCAUCCCUUGGGAUUAUGAAGUGGUAAAUAACACUGGUGUGGCUGUUCAACAGGGCAACAUGGUUCUGAUUACCCGGAGUAACUUGUCAGUACAAAUAAAUGCUGGGGAGCAGGAGAUGGAGAUACGCUAUGAUAUUAUCCAACCUCCUCUUUUUGGUCAAAUUCAAAGACGAAGUUCUGGUGGGGAAUGGAAGCUUGUCAACACCUUUUCUCAACGUUCUAUUGAUCGAGAUCGGGUAAGGUACUGCAGUACCUUUAAAGAAUCACAACUGGAAAAUGUCACUGAUCAUUUUACAUUUAAAAUUAGCAUUGAAAAUAAAGUCAGUGAAGAACUGGUUUUUCCUAUUGCCAUACAAUGGCUGAAGUAUAAAUUAGUGAAAAAUGGUCCCCUAGAUAUUGAUACACUGGAUAAAAAAAUGCUAACUUCAGAUCACUUGAUGGUUAGGAUGGAGAGUAUGGAGGUACCUGAGAGUGAGCUUCAUUUUAAGUUACUCUCUCUGCCUAAGAAAGGAAAACUGCUGCUUGGAAGAAAUGUUUUAAAACUAAACUCCACCUUCAGCCAAAAAAAUAUUAUAGAUAAUGAAGUUGCUUAUGAACUGCUUGGGAAGUCACAGGAAAACACACAGGAUUCAUUCAGAUUCUUGAUUUGUACCAAACAUAUUGAAUCAGAGGUUUAUAUCUUUAGAAUAAAUAUCAGAGCAGAUCCCAAUCACAUUAUUUUAACCAACAAAGGAUUUUCUGUGACUGAAGGGGAAGGGAAGUUAAUCACCCAAACAGAAUUAUUUGUGCAAACUUUGGGUAAUCAGGUCUUCCAUUACAAAGUCACCAAGAGCCCUCAACAUGGGAAACUGAAACUUAUUAAUUUUUCAGAUUCGUUGGAAAGUAAUGAUAACAUAACUACUUUCACCAACCACGAUAUUAUUGGUGAACGUUUGAUGUAUGUCCAUGAUGACUCUGAAACUGUGUACGAUGAAUUCAUUGUUAUGGCAUCUGCCAAAGGACCAGGAGACGAGGAGACCAAGGUGGAAAUCAAAGUCAAUGUUUCUGUGAAACUGAAGAAUGAUGAGAAGCCUGUGCGUGUGGUAGAUAAAGUAUUUCAUGUGGUAAGAAAUGGUCAGCGCUUGUUGACCUUGAUGGAUCUUUGUUACCAUGACCCUGAUUCAGAUUUUAAUGAUAGACAGUUGCUAUAUACCAGGCGUGGCAUUCCAAAUGGUGAUCUGGUAUUAGCUAGUGAUCCCAGUCAAAAGCUCUACCAAUUUGAACAAGGAGACCUAGAGGAAGAGAGAGUGCUGUUCAGGCAUCAUGGCGCAGACUAUGCCCGCUUUGUGCUGUUUGUCACAGAUGGUACCCACUACACAUCCUCCCUUUUAGAGGUCAGCGCUUCAGAGCCUUACCUGCGGAUAGCCAACAACACAGGAUUGCUUGUGCUAAAAGGAAGAGGGAAAACUCUCACAACCACCAACCUUAGUAUUGCCACAAAUCAUGACAUUAGAAGUGACACUGAGAUAAAGUAUGAGAUCUUUUUGCUUCCAAAGUAUGGCAGAGUCUUGGUGAAAAAUAGGCUAUCAGCUUCAUUUUCCCAGCAUGACUUGAAGCAGGGACAUGUGAUUUACCAGCAUGAUGAUGACAACAACCUUGCUGAUAUGUUCAACUUGACUGUAAAAGUGAAAGAUACACAGUUGGAUGUUGGAAUUCAUGUACAGGUGUACUUGGAAAGCCACCAAUAUCCCCCUGAAGUUGUUCACAGCAAGAACCUUUUAGUUGAAGAAGGAAAAUCAGUGAAACUCAGUAGAAGAAAGCUGCAGGCUGCACAUGAAAAUAAUUCUCCAUCAGAGAUAGUGUUCAUCAUUAGGAGCCCUCCAGUCCAUGGACACCUCCGAAAAUUUGUCCCAGAAGAUCACUUGGAUGCUGAUGAGGAUUCUCCUUCAUCGUUUACACAACAAGAUAUUGAUGAUGGUCAUAUUCAUUAUGAGCAGACAGCUUCUGACCAACAGCAAGAUCGCUUUUUGCUGGAUGUGACAAAUGGUGUCCAGGCCAUCAGUGGAGUUGAAAUCCUGGUGGAUAUUAUCCCUAGGCUGAUUCCUUUGGUUGUACAGAACUUCACAGUCCUAGAAGGUGGCUCCAAAGCCCUCCUAAAGGACUUCCUUAAAAUUCCAAAUCACCAUUUUGUGGGAAUCGACUGUGAUUUUGUGCUAGUUGAAUCACCAAGGCAUGGUUAUAUUGAGAAUUCUCAUUUUCCAAGAAUAAAACUAAUGAAAUUUACCAAAAAGCAGGUGGAAAAAGAAUUAAUUUACUAUGUUCAUGAUGGGAGUGAAGAACUACUUGACAGUUUUACAGUCUUUGUGAAUAACACAGAACUCGGGAAACAGAGUUUGCCUCAAACUCUCUUUGUGAUGGUUCAACCAGUAAAUGAUGAGGCUCCAGUCAUAGUAGCCAAUAACAUAUUGCGGGUGUGGGUGAAUUCUGCUACUGAAAUAACCCGAAAUGAUCUCUGUGCAGAAGACAUUGAUUCCUCACCAGGGGAACUGUUCUACUCCAUAACCGUUCCCAGCAAUGGUCACUUGGCUCUAAAAUCUUUUCCAAAUGGAAGCAUCCUGAAUUUUACUCAGGCUCACAUCGAUGAGGGCCACCUAGUGUUUGUACACACUGGAGCAAUGUCUGGUGGCUUUAGCUUUCAAGUCACUGAUGGCUUGAACUUUGCACCCCGACAGAUUUUUAGCAUCACAGCUCAAGCUCUGGUCCUCAGUCUCGAAACGAACAAAGGACUGGGAGUCUUUCCAGGCUCCUCAAAGCCCAUUACAUCUCAUGUCCUGAAAGCUGUGACCAAUGAUGGGCGAAGUGCAGGAAACCGAACGGUCACUUUUACAGUUCUGAGUUCCCCCAAACUUGGGAGGCUUAUUAGACUAGACUCUGGCAAUGACACACAGGAUGUUUCUGCAUUUACACAACAUGCGGUUAAUGAAGGUCUGAUAUUAUACAAGCAUAGAAACAGUGAAAUUCAAGUCUGGGAUGCAGAAGACUCCUUUACAUUUAUGGUGUCCUCGCCUCCAGCUGUUCUAGGACCCCAGGUGUUUCCUAUUACAAUCUCAUAUGAUAUUAAUGAGCCUGGUCAGCACAGUCACCUUCUUGCAAACACAGGUGCUGUUGUCCAGGAAGGAAGUAAAAUCUUAAUUGAUAGGUCUAAGUUAGAUGCUUCGAAUCUCCUAGUUAAAUUACCUGAAUCUCAGCGUGCUACAUAUGAAGUCUGGUACCAGGUUACAUCUCUUCCCCACCACGGUACAAUUGUGGUUGGAGAGAGAAAUAUUACCAAAGAAAAGCCCUAUUUCUCGCAGUACAUAAUUAAUAAAUAUGGCAUCACCUAUCAGCAUGAUGACUCCGAAUCCCUUACUGAUCAUUUUACCUUCUCAGUUUGGUUGAACCAGAAGAGCAAGUCUGCCACAAAACCAGAAGCUGACUUUCUGGAAGAGGUGUUUAAUAUCACUGUCUCUCCUGUGAAUGACCAGCCACCAAAAUUGAAGACAAAAGGACCUUCUCUGAAAGUUCUUCAGGGUGAUACAUUCAGAGUGGGACCUGACAAUCUCAAAGUGGAAGACUUGGACAACCCCCCAGAAGAGAUCAGAUACACGGUCAUUGGCAGCCCCACCAAUGGCUUUCUAGCAAGGGCUCCCCAUCUAGACUUCCCCAUUCACCAAUUUACACAGGCUGACAUCAACAGUGGCCAGUUGUGGUUUGUACAAGAUGGAAGUCCAACAUCUGGGUUCUUUUACUUUAGUGUGACAGAUGGUGAACAUCGUCCACUAUACAAACCCUUCCACCUGGAGGUCAUACCUAUCUCUGUCACUCUUGUGAAUAUGACUGACCUGAUCCUUCCCCAAGGACAGACCUCAGUCUCCAUCACGAAUGUACAUCUGUCUGCCAUGACCAAUGGGAAAAGUAAUGAGAUUACUUACAAGCUCAUCCAGCCCCUUCAGCAUGGGUACCUGCUCAUGGGAAACAAACAAGUCACUAACUUCAAACAGGAAGAUUUAUUUUCUGGAAGACUAUCUUACCACAUGACAAAUCUCACUGCCUCCCAAGACAAGUUACAGUUCAUGUUGUUUACGACAGAGAACAACCUGACAGACCAGGCCCUCCACAUCCGAAUACAGCCUUUGCUACAAGUUGCAUCCAGCCUGAAAAUUCCCAACAGGGUGACUUAUCAGUUGAGGCGAAAGGACCUGGAUGCUACUGAACUUGCUAAUUUGACAAAGAGUAUUCCGACAUUUGAAGUCACAGAGCCACCUGUCCAUGGAAGACUUAUGAGAAGAAUCAGUCGCCAUGCCCAACCAGAAGGAAUUGACCUGUUUACUCAAAUGGACAUUGACCAAGGUAUGUUGAUGCUUGAUACACAUGCUAACAUGACUGGUGUGGAUACACUUAAUGAUUCCUUCACCUUCACACUCAAGGCAGACCAUGUACAGCCAGCUAUAGGCUACUUUCACUAUACUAUUGUGCUUCCCGAUCCCUUGUUCAUGCAAAGUUUUACUCCAGAGGCACCAUUAUCAUCAGAUGAUCUGAUGACAUCUGCAGUUUUCCAAGAAAAGUUUGUGGUUUCCAUAGUACCCACAGCACAUACUGAAGGCUCAAGGAAGACGACACAGACAAGAAGACUGGGUUCAAAUCUCUGGGGAAGUAAGAAAGGGGGAGAUCUGGUGGCAGAUGCAGAAAUUCCUAUAACCCAGUUCACCUGGCCAAAGGCCACCACGGACUUGAGCUCAAGGACAAGUAGAACACAGCCCAGAGACAGCAGCAAUCCCUUGAUGGUCAUCAUACCACUUGCUGUUUCCACCUUUCUGUUGAUCGUGACCGUGAUGUCACUUUGUAUCUGCCUGAUGUGCCACAAGGUAAAAAAAGCUAAACCUUUCCUUGACUCUCAGGCCAGCCCAGAGCCUAAGACUCCAAACCUAAGUCCAAACCCAGAAAGGAGUGUGACCAUCCCCUCUGUCACAGUGACACCCCUUAAAAGAAGCUCCAGCAGCCCAGCAGUCAGCCCUUAUGUGGCCCCAAGAUGUCAGCCGCUGCUUGCCCCAGUGGCUAAACCUGUGGAGAAAAUCUCUCUCUGUGAUGCCUGGAUGAAUCUGGAUCCAGAAAUGGUCCAGCACUGCCGGAAGACCAACCCAACACUUAGGCACAAUCAGUAUUGGGUCUAGGCAGACAUGAACACUUGCAAAGUUCCCACCAUCUGCAGAAAGAUCCAUGGUAGCCCCCUUAGCUAGUUUUUAAUGUUAUUUAUUUUUGUAUGUCUUUUAUAAAAGGCUCUGUGUCCCUGAAAAGGAAGACAGAGCUUAUUCAAAGUCUAUUUUCCAUGAAACAGAAAAGUCUAUUUGUAUAAACCCUUUACAAAACACUUCUGCAACUCUUCUUCUCCAGCUGAGUUUUGCAGUACAGGCAAAUGUCAGUGAUUAAAUAUUUUUCUUCCAAGGUACAUGCAACUCUCCUCUCAAGUCAGACUCACUUGUCUGUUUGGAAGCUGGUCCUAAUGCAAGAAAACUAUGGUGUUGGGUUGUUUUUUGUUUUUUAAAUGGAUUCACUCCCAGUGAGUCAGUUGGAAAAAAAAGAACCUUUUCAGUAAGCAGGAGAGGCUAUUUAUUGAAUCACUGAACCUGUUUCUAUGUUGUUUAAAUUUUUCUUUAUUUCUUUGGACCUUGAACUAGAACCUCUAGGCCAUCCUUGUUCAUUUCUUAAUGCAACAAAUGCCUCUGUGGUCUGGGAGAGAAAGUCAGCAGGUCUGGCCACCCUUCUGGGAUAUUUUCUACAAACUUUAUGUGUCAUCUAGAAACAUCUGCUAGUUUCUAUUACAAACCAAGAUUUUAUAGCACACCUCACUUUAAGGGUUGGCAAAGUCAAAAAGUUAAAGCAAAGUUGAGACUUGUGGAUUGAUUUCACAAGUUCAGUCACUGGUAUGUUUGCAUUACCUGUGCCUUUUACUGUAUGAAAUAUUUUGUGUUGCCAGUAUUCUUAUUUAAUGUCUAGUAGAGGAAAUUUUUUUUCUAUUUUCAGGCUCACUAAGCCUCAGUUUCUCUGAAAGUAAAAUGGGCAUAGCAACAUGUAGGCCAGAAAAUUUGCCUUUGAUCUUUCAGAUCUGAGCCUUGCUGAAUGUAUCAGUUUUAUAUUUUGACCUGUUUUGUGUAAACUGUAGUGAAAAUUUCCCUCCCUUUAUGUACACUGUGAAAGAUGAAUAAA